AUGGCAGGCGAAACUCCGAAUCAAGCGAGUUCGGAGAAGACCGAGCAAGUCGUUGCCGCGGUCCUCCAUGGCAUCCAGGAUUUGAGGAUAGAACAUCGCCAGCUGGGCUUCCCAGAGGCGUCCGAAGUCCAAGUCGCCGUGCAGAGCACAGGUCUCUGCGGCUCCGACCUGCACUACUUCAACCACUACCGCAACGGCGAUAUCAUCGUCCGCGAGCCCUUAACUCUCGGCCAUGAAUCCUCCGGCGUCGUCACCGCUGUGGGAUCCUCGGUCACAUCCCUCGCAGUGGGAGAUAGAGUAGCGCUCGAAGUAGGAAUCCCAUGUCUCGAGUGCGACCUAUGCAAGACGGGACGGUACAACAUAUGCAAAGCGCUGAGGUUCAGGAGCUCAGCGAAGAGCUUCCCGCAUUUCCAGGGGACGCUGCAAGGGAAGAUCAAUCACCCGGCUGCGUAUUGUCAUAAACUUCCCUCUAACGUCUCUCUUACAAUGGGCGCAAUUCUCGAGCCCCUCGGCGUAGCAAUCCACGGCCUCCGCCGUGCCGCCCUCCCCAAAUCCAGCACCGUGCUCAUCUUCGGCGCCGGCGCAGUCGGCCUGCUCUGCGCCGCAAUGUGCAAAGUGUACGGCGCCAAACACGUAAUUAUCGCCGAUAUCCAAGCCGAGCGCGUCAACUUCGCCGUCUCCAACCAGUUCGCCGACGCCAAGAUAGUCGUCCCGAUGAAGCGACCGCAGGCCAUUGGAGAGAAACUGUCUUUCGCGAAGGAGGUCGCCGAGCUGGUGAAGGGUCAGGCCGGGGGCGAGGAGGUCGAUGCCGUGUUCGAGUGUACCGGUGUCGAAAGCUGUCUGCAGGCUGCUAUAUACUCCACCCGCCCAGCCGGCAGAGUAAUGCUCAUCGGCAUGGGCUCGCCCAUCCAGACGCUCCCCAUCUCCGCCGCGGCCCUCCGCGAGAUCGACCUCGUGGGCGUCUUCCGCUACGCCAACACGUACGAGGAAGCCAUCACGCUCGUGUCGGGCGGCAACCCGCGCCUCCCCGACCUCUCCAAACUCGUCACGCAGAUCUUCACAGGGUUCGCGAGGAUCCCCGAUGCGUUUGCCAUGGCCGGGCGGGUCAAGGACGACGACGGGAGUCUGGUGCUGAAGGUUGUUGUUGAUACCACGGAGAACUAA